AUGGCGCUGUGCCCGGCGCCCGAGGCCCGCGUGCGCCUCGUGUUCCUCGGGGCGGCGGGCGUGGGCAAGACGGCGCUGAUCCGCCGCUUCCUGCAGGACACGUUCGAGGCGCGGCACCGGCGCACGGUGGAGGAGCUGCACCUGCUGGAGCUGGAGGCGGGCUCCGGGCUGCGCCUCCGCCUGGAGAUCCUGGACACCAGCGGCAGCUACAGCUUCCCGGCCAUGCGGCGCCUCUGCAUCGGCCGCGCCGACGCCUUCGCCCUGGUCUACUCGCUGCAGGAGCCCGACUCCUUCGCCGAGGUGCAGCGGCUGCGGGACGAGAUCCUGGAAGCCAAGCGGGGCGCGGUGCCCAUCGUGGUGGUGGGGAACAAGAGCGACCUGGCGCCGGGCGAGCCCGACCCGCGCAUCGCCGCCGCGCAGCGGGACUGGGGCUGCGCCUGCCUGGAGGCGUCGGCCAAGCAGGGGCGCAACGUGGUCGGCCUCUUCCAGGAGCUGCUGAGCCAGGUCAACCUGCCCGGGCGGCUCAGCCCGGCCCUGCGGCGCCGCCGGCCCCAGACCUGCUCCAAGGAGCCGCCCCGCCGGAGCGGGAAGAGCCACAGCUGCGCGGUCUGCUAG